AUGGACAUGAAGAGUGGUGAAAAUCGAGUUAUUCUUCGAAUCAGUUUUGCAGCCGUAUUUAUGGCGGAUAACAGUCGGAGAGUGAUUGAAAUCAAGGCGGAUAUCAACUCCGAUUUGCAGUUAUGCGCCAAAAGUUUCAUCUCAGAGUUUGUGAAUCCUGCAAAACUUAGAAAUCUCACCCUCCUUGGACUCUCCUUUGACAAUUGGUGCCUCACCUUAUCGGAACUUUUAUGA